CGCAUUCAACAUCACCGACAAUCAUCCAUACGGACAGCCUUCAAGAUGUCGGACCCCAAGAUUCAGGAGCUUCUCACCAAGCCGCGCUCAGAACUCACAGAGUACGAGAUUGCUCAGCUCGAGGAGCACGAGUUCUCCGCCGGCCCCCUCUCCAUCCUCCAGACCGCCGUGCGCUCGCACGUCCAGGUGCUCAUCUCGAUCCGCAACAACCGCAAGCUCCUGGCGCGUGUCAAGGCCUUUGACCGACACUGCAACAUGGUUCUCGAGAACGUGAAGGAGAUGUGGACAGAGACGCCCCGGUUAGCAAACGGAAAGAAGGGUCGACCAGUGAACAAGGAUCGGUUCAUCAGCAAGAUGUUCCUGCGAGGCGAUAGUGUUAUCUUGGUGCUUCUAAGCUAA